UUAAGUGAGCUGCACACUGCAUGUUCAUAACAAAACGUGUAUUUUAGAGUUACACAGUGUUAUGCAUGUGACAGUCAGAAAUCAGUAACGCAUAAUAGUGUUCCCCAUGGUUCAUCCAUUGGUGCUGCAGUAUGAACACAGAUUUGCAGAAAUACAUUACACAUUCAUCUACAAGAGAGAACUGUAUAAUUCUAAUGAAACAAUUAGAAGCCAAUUUAGAAAAGAUAAUGCUGUUGUGAAUCACACUGUACAUAGACACUGUAGCCAAAUCGGAAACAGCCCAGUGUUCCACAUAGGGGACAAACUAAUUUAACAUUGUCACACUUAACACACAUGGUCUUAAAUGCAUGGCAAAGCACUCAGGUGUUUUAAAGAAUAAACGUAACUAGCAUAUGCGCACAUGAGUAGAACAAACAAUUAUGCAGUGUGCUCUUUGGGCAUUUGUUUGUUUAACCUGCAUUGAAAAACCACUAAAUGAUCCUCCUCCGGAAGAGGUCUGUAGGUGUCAAGGCUUUUUUUUUUCUUGGCAGUGAGAAUAAAACCCAUUUCCUCUUUCCAACUUUCACUCACACAGAGGCUUUCAGUCCUGUAAGCACAAUGGUAUCAGGUGGAGAAUUCCUUUACAUCUCUCUUGAAGUGCUCAUUGCAGUGGGAUGCUGUCUGGGCAAUAUGUUGGUGAUCUGGGCCGUGUGGAGAAGUGGAGCCCUGAACAAACCCACUUUCUGCUUGAUCGUGUCUCUGGCAGUGGCUGAUUUCCUGGUUGGGGCUGUGGCAAUUCCUCUGGCUGUGACUGUGGACCUCCACAUCAAAAUCCCUUUCCAUGCCUGUCUCUUCAUCAGUUGUUUUCUCAUCGUUCCUCUACAAGCAUCAGUGCUCACCCUCCUGGCUAUUGCUGUGGACCGAUGUCUGCGGGUUUGUAUCCCUUUCAGGUACAAGGCUACAGUCACUAAGAAGCGCUCAUGGUUCCUCGCCGCUGUGUGCUGGAUCCUUGCAUCUUUUCUGGGCUUCUUACCCAUGUUUGGAUGGUACAACCAUGACACACUGACACGUUACAACUCCACCUCCAUAGAAUGUCAGUUCCUUGAUGUCAUUCCCAUUACAUACCUGAUCCACUUCAUCUUUGAAGGCUGUUUUCUUCCUCCACUGGCAGUCAUGAUCGCUUUGUAUUGCUACAUCUUUUUUAAAAUUAGAAGUGUUAGAGCAGGUGUGUCAGCUGAAACCAGUACAUGUAAAAAAAAGGAGCACAAACUAGCUACCUCUCUGGUUUUAGUCUUGGCUCUUUUUAUUGUUUGCUGGCUGCCGUUACACACAAUACAAUCAAUCACAUACUAUAACCAGAGUAUACAUGUCCCGUCCAUUGCUUUGUACUUUGCCAUUCUCCUCUCUCACACCAACUCGAUGGUUAACCCUGUAGUGUAUGCAUUCAGAAUCCCUAAGAUAAAGCGGGAGUACAGGAAGAUUUGGAGGAGGAUGAUUUGUCAACAGCAGCAGGACUCCUCCUAGUAACACCACCGAAAGCCAUGAUGCUCGUGUUCCUGUGAAAAUCAGUCCACAGGGGGGAGCCAGUGACAUGACUGACUCCAUAGUAAAAUAAAUACAGACUAAAGAAAUGUAUAUGUAUAUAUAGCACUUUUUUCCAGACUAAACCUUUCUAAUCUAACUUUGAGUUGAGUUCUGCAAGUAGGGCGCCUUAAAACACCUCAGUCAAAGUCUGAGUUAUUAGUUAACAAAGUCCCUUUCAAGUAUACAGUAUAUUUAUAGUCUUUGGUAGUUAAAGCUGCAGUCGGUAACUAUUGACGCUCUAGCGGUUAAUAAACAGAACUGCUUGCGUCUUGCGG